GGUAUGCAUCAAUGGACCCAUACAGAAGAAUUCGUUAUAUAAUUGCUUGUUUACGCCAUUAACCGGCCUAUAUAUACGAGGGAAGAAGGGAACGGAGGAUACAUAAUAAGCAAGGAAAUAAAUUAAAGAUAAGGUACGUUGGUUGAGUAGGAGCUGUGAGACUUCCGGAAAAGGAACUCGAGGAAUGGAACAGACAUUGGUCUACCCUGCAAUACACCCAGCCGAUGAUUCCAUUAAAACAAAAGAUCAACCUGAAUGCAAAGAGCUGAUCAUUGACAUUCCACUGGCACUGGAGGCUUCUCGUUGUCCUGAUCAAUAUUGUAUCUACAGGAUUCCCAAGAGACUUCGCGAGGUCAAUAAUAUGGCCUACACCCCUCGGCUGGUUUCUAUCGGCCCUUUUCAUCACCGCAGUGAAGAGUUGAAGGACAUGGAUAUACAAAAAUUCUUAAUUUUGAAGAAUUUCUGUAAUCGUCCUGGGAAGAGCAUCGAGAAGCUUAAAUGCAUCAUCAGGCCCAAAGAAGAGAAAAUCCGCAGCUGCUAUUCAGAGACGUUUCUACUCAGUAGUGAAGGGUUUCUAAACAUGAUUCUACUGGAUGCUAUCUUUAUACUUGAGCUCUUCUACAGGAAAUAUGAAAAAGAUUCUGGAAGCUCAAAGGCUCAAAAAGAUUCUGAUAACUCAAAGGCUCAUUAUCAAAUAGAUUAUAUAUUAAGCCAACCGUGCAUGGAACGCGGCAUACAGCAUGACCUGCUUCUACUUGAGAAUCAGCUUCCUUUGUUUGUUCUUGAGGAGUUAUACCAAAAGUGCUACCAAAAUGGGGAAAAAUCGAGUACUGAUCUUCUUAAGCUCUCUUGUCGGUUUUUUGGUGAUCUAUAUAAUAAGCAGCCAGAGCCCAAGAAAUCACGUUGUCAUGUAAAGCAUUGUUUCACAGAUUUGGUGGGAUGUUGUUGCCAUCCACAAGACCCAAACCAAAGGUCACUGAAGCGCGUUGAAGUAAAGCAUUUCACAGAUUUGGUGAGAUAUUUUUUCCUUCCACUAGACCCAAACCAAAGCACACGCGAGCCCGUACAGUAUUACAAAGAUUUAGAGAGAUAUUUCUUACGUCCAAUAUCAGUGCCCAAUCAAGAAAAGCAAAAAGAAGGGCCGAAAGAAAUCGAAUUAAAUAAAAGAACUAAUAAACACCUACAUGGUACCGCAACAAAGCUUGACGAGGCAGGGUUGAAAUUCACUAGGCCGGAUUCAGAAAGAGAUUUACUUGAUAUAAAAUACCGGCCGAAUGAAUGCUUCAAAAGCUGCCGGUGGCAGCUCAAUCUCUCAUGGCUCUUGUCUUGCCUACCAUUCCUGAAACACACUUGCUUGGUGGAUAUGCAAUGUUUCUUGGAAGUCCCAACCCUUCUGUUAGACGACAAAACCGAAGGUCUUUUCCGAAACCUGAUGGCCUUGGAGCAGUGCCAUUAUCCAUCUGAAACUUACAUCUGCGAUUACAUUGUGCUGUUGGAUGAUCUUAUCACAACUAAAGAAGAUGUAAGGUUGCUUGUUGAAAAGAAGAUCAUUGUUAACGAGUUAGGUUCCAGCGCUGCAGUGACGAAAUUGGUUAACAAUCUCGCCCUGGAGAUUGAAGAAAGUGGAACCCAUUACGCCGAUCUCUGUGAAAAGGUAAAUGAUUACUACAAGAGCUCUUGGAAUCGCCUGGUGGGAAUCUUGACUAGGACGUAUUUCUCAGACUUUUUUAAAGGCACUGCUACUGUUGUUGGAAUUAUUGUCCUUUUUCUCACUUUGUGGAAUUUCCAAAGGCUUAUUAGAUUGAGUACUGGAAGGUACUAGAUUUGAAAAAUAUGUGCAUAUAUGGUACGUAGUGUUUGUUGAAGUGUUAGCUUAUUUAUAGGAUUUUCUAAAUAUUUUUAUUAUGGAAAUUUAUGACUUUGUUAAUUUAGCAUCGAUCAAUGGAGAGAGUCGGUCUGUCUGUCUGUAUUGAUGCAGCAAAUUAAGUUCUAUGCUCUGUAACUAUUAUCAGCAAAUUAAAUAAAGCCAGAUGCUGCUGCAUGUCA